CAUGCGCAGAGUUCUUCCUUGUUUAUCCCCGUGAUUGACGGUGGGUGGGUGGAAGCCAAGGCAGAGGGAGUUUGCGUGCUUGUGUCAGAAAGCAGAGAUCGUACGGGGAGGAAAACCGGGGAAAGAAAGAGGGGAAAAAAUAGCCGAAAACGCACUGGCUGAAAGGAACGCUUCAGUAAUCGUUUGCUUUAUUCUCGAACAUAGCCACGACAGUAACGGCAGGAUAUUAGAAUACCGGAAAACGGAAUGAGGACAUCUGUUACCCCAUCUUACAGCGUAUGUCGGUGGAGCAAGGGACAAAACUGAACCGUUGUUUUGUGGAUAGGUUACAAUUAAUCAUAAGCAGAGACUGUAAAGACAGGAGGCGAUUGAAAUUGUGCACAGUCCCCAUCAUCAAGGGGACAGAAAAGUCUGCAAGGAAGCAAUUCAAUGAACCAAAAAAUAUUAGAUUUAUUAUAAAUUAUAUAAUCGUUCGUGCUGUUUAUCAUUUAGUUUCCUUUCCCAUUUUAGAGGAAGGUGUCUGGACAUUCACUUCCUAAGUUGUUUUUAAUGAUUCAGGUUUCCUGAAAUUUUCUCCAUCCUUUUUUUCUGGGCGAUUGCGUGCGGAAGAAUGCCGGAUCAGAUCUCGGUGUCCGAGUUUCUUUCGGAAACAACGGAGGAUUACAACUCUCCCACGACGUCCAGCUUUACGACCCGCCUGCAGAGCUGUCGGAACACCGUUAAUGUUCUGGAAGAGGCUUUGGAUCAAGAUCGAACGGCGCUCCAGAAGGUGAAGAAAUCCGUCAAAGCCAUCUACAACUCGGGCCAAGAGCAUGUGCAGAACGAGGAGAACUACGCACAGGCGCUGGACAAGUUCGGCAGCAACUUCAUCACCCGGGACAACCCCGACCUGGGCACGGCCUUCGUCAAGUUCUCCACGCUCACCAAGGAGCUGUCCACCCUGCUCAAGAACCUGCUCCAGAACCUGAGCCACAAUGUGAUCUUCACCCUGGACUCCCUGCUGAAAGGGGACCUCAAAGGAGUAAAGGGGGAUAUCAAGAAGCCGUUCGAUAAGGCGUGGAAGGACUACGAAGCCAAGUUCACGAAGAUCGAGAAGGAGAAGCGGGAGCACGCGAAGCAGCACGGAAUGAUCCGCACCGAGAUCACCGGCGCCGAGAUCGCCGAGGAGAUGGAGAAGGAGCGCCGACUCUUCCAGCUGCAGAUGUGCGAGUACCUGAUCAAAGUGAACGAGAUCAAGACCAAGAAGGGGGUGGACCUUCUGCAGAACCUGAUCAAGUAUUACCACGCGCAGUGCAACUUUUUCCAGGAUGGCCUGAAAACUGCGGACAAGCUGAAACAGUACAUCGAGAAACUGGCAGCCGACCUGUAUAAUAUUAAACAGACGCAGGACGAGGAGAAGAAGCAGCUGACUGCCCUGCGGGAUCUCAUUAAGUCCUCUCUCCAGCUGGACCAGAAGGAGUCGAGGAGAGACUCUCAGAGCAAGCAGGGUGGAUACAGCAUGCAUCAGCUACAGGGAAACAAGGAGUUUGGCAGUGAGAAGAAGGGAUAUCUGAUGAAGAAGAGCGAUGGGCUGCGGAAGGUCUGGCAGAGGCGGAAGUGUUCGGUGAAGAGCGGCAUCCUCACCAUCUCGCACGCCACGUCCAACAGGCAGCCCGUGAGACUCAACCUGCUCACCUGCCAGGUGAAACCAAGCGGGGAGGACAAGAAGUGCUUCGACCUCAUUUCCCAUAAUCGGACGUAUCACUUCCAAGCAGAAGAUGAACAAGAGUUUGUGAUCUGGAUCUCGGUGCUGACCAAUAGCAAGGAGGAGGCCCUGAACAUGGCGUUCCGCGACGACCAGAGCGCCGGGGACGACAGCCUGGAGGACCUGGCCAAGGCCAUCAUCGACGACGUGCUGCGCAUGCCCGGCAACGAGGUCUGCUGCGACUGCGGGGCUGCAGACCCAAAAUGGCUGUCAACCAACUUGGGGAUCCUGACGUGUAUCGAGUGCUCCGGCAUCCACAGAGAAAUGGGGGUGCACAUCUCACGCAUCCAGUCCAUGGAGCUCGAUAAAUUGGGAACUUCUGAACUCUUGCUGGCCAAGAACAUAGGAAACGCUAGUUUUAAUGAAAUUCUCGAAGGAAGCCUCCCCUGUCCUUCACCAAAGCCUACCCCGUCCAGCGACAUGACGGUGCGGAAGGAGUUCAUCAACGCCAAGUACGUGGACCACAAGUUCGCCCGGAAGAACUGCGUCUCCGCGGCGGCCAAGAUGAGCGAGCUGUGCGACGCCGUGAAGUCCCGCCACCUGCUGGCGCUCGUCCAGGUCUACGCCGAGGGGGUGGAGCUUAUGGAGCCGCUGCCCGAGACCGGCCUGGAACCUGGAGAAACUGCGCUCCACUUCUCUGUGCGGACAGCGGACCAGACCUCCCUGCACCUGGUCGACUUCCUGGUACAGAACAGUGGGAACCUGGACAAGCAGACGGAGAGGGGGAACACGGCCCUGCACUACUGCUGCCUGUAUGAGAAGCCCGAGUGCCUGAAGCUGCUGCUGAGGGGCAAGCCAGCCACCGACAUCACCAAUCAGGGCGGGGAGACUGCGCUGGACAUUGCCAGGAGACUGAAGAACUCCCAGUGUGAAGAACCGCUGGUGGAGGUGGCCGCUGGGAAGUUCAACCCUCACGUGCACGUGGAGUACGAGUGGAACCUGCGCCUGGAGGAGAUCGACGAGAGCGACGACGACCUCGACGACAAGCCCAGCCCCAUUAAGAAGGAGCGCUCCCCCCGCCCCCAGAGCUUCUGCCACCCGUCCCCCCAGGACAAGCUGUCCCUGCCCGGUUACUCCGCCCACCGCGACAAGCAGCGGCUCUCCUACGGGGCCUUCACCAAUCAGACGUACAGCCCCUCCACCGACUCGCCCACCUCGCCCACCGUCGACGCCCCCCCGCUGCCCCCCAGGAACGCCGGCAAAGCUCCCUCCUCCUCCUCCUCCUCCUCCGGCCCUCCCUCCUCCCUCCCUCUGAGCUCACAGACCCCUGGGGGGAGCUCCACCCUGUCCAAGAAGAGGCCGCCGCCCCCUCCCCCUGGACACAAACGCACCCUGUCCGACCCGCCCAGCCCGCUACCUCACGGCCCCCAGAGUAGAGGUGGGAUCCCCUGGGGUGAGUCAGGGAACGACUCCACUCCCCCUCCCACAAACAGGACGUCCCCCGCGAGCAAGUUUGAGGGCAUUCCGCAGCAGCAAAGUGCUACUUCCAGUAACACAAAAUCUACACUUGGUCCAAGGGUUCUUCCCAAACUACCUCAGAAAGUGGCAUUGCGGAAAAUCGACACCAUCCAUCUCCCGUCCGUGGACAAGCCGAGCCAGCCCCCUGAACCCUUCCAGAAGCCUCCGCAGACGGCGGAGACACCCCAAAAAGCCCCCCCGGCGGAGAAGCCCCAAAUAAGCGACCUUCCCCCCAAACCUCAAGUCUCCGACUUGCCCCCAAAGCCCCAGCUGUCUGACCUACCCCCCAAACCUCAGCUGGGCGACCUGCCCCCAAAACCCCAGCUCAAGGACCUCCCGCCCAAGCCGCAGCUCUCCGAUGUCCCCCCGAAGCCCGCCGCCGCCGCCGGGACGGGCGCCGCCGUCGACCCUGUCCCGAAGCCGCCCCCCGACGAAGUGGCGCCCAAGCCUCAGCCGCUGCCUGAGGAGCCGGCCUCCGGCCAGCAGGGGGAGCUGUCUCCCAAACAGCUGAGCGACGACGCCGACGGCUCCCCUGCGAGUGCCAGCGAGAUGCCCGUCCCGCUGCCGAGGAAGAUUAACACGGGAAAGACCAAAGCCAGGCGGGUGAAGACCAUCUAUGACUGUCAGGCGGACAACGACGACGAGCUCACCUUUGUGGAGGGCGAGGUCAUCAUCGUGACUGGAGAGGAGGACCAGGAGUGGUGGAUCGGGCACAUCGAAGGGCAGCCGGAGAGGAAGGGGGUCUUCCCCAUGUCUUUCGUGCACAUUCUGUCCGAAUGACCCCGGGGGCCGGGCAGGUGUGAGGCCCCUCCCUCUAGCACAAGCUCCGCCCCACUUCGGCCUCGCACGAGACUGAGGGCGCCACCCCUGUACAUAGCCGCUGUCGCAAACCAGAAAAACGAAAAAAACGAAAACGGUAACUAAGAAGAAGCUUGCCCCGGCUUACCUCGCCGAAGAUGGCGAAGUACAUGCGUACUGUAUAUAAACCGCGUUACCCCGUCUUUUACCAGUAUUAUCAUAGCCUUGGAGCCCGGUAAGCCUUACUGGGUUUGCUGUAGCCAUCCUUGGAAUCUAGCACUUACUAUACAUCUCCGUCGAUGCUGUUACCGUAUGUAUGUGUAUACAUAUAUUUAUGUAUGUAUAAACUUGUUAGUGUGUAUAUAUAUAUAUAUAUGCUCACAUAUGUGUGUACAGACAUACAUAUGUUCAUGUAUGUAUUUAUGUACAUAUACAUGUGCGCACACAUGAUUCCCUGCCUGCUAAGAGAGGCGGUCUUAUUCCAAUUGUAUCCAUGUUAGCUCGACUGUUUACCGUCAGAAUCAUCUCUUUGUUGUCCUGGAAACCUCGGAAGCUCUGGCGAAGGCAAUUACGUUAGGAGCAGAUUAAUGUAUCGGUCCUACAUUCUCUCUGUAAGGGGAGCACUUGACUGGGAAGCAAAGUAAAUGUUUUUUUUUUUUUUUUUUUUUUUUUAAAUAUCUUAAAUCUUCCUACAGUGGCACGUUGAAGGAUGAAAUAUAUAUUCAUUAAGUCGAUCCUUAAUUGCUUGUUUAGUAUUAAAAAAAAAAAAAAUUUGUGAAGUUAAGCUCACAUUCUCAGCGGCGGC